AUGAAUAAGAAAGGUUAGUGUGUAAUCUAAAUAAAUUCUUUGAGAUAUGUAGUAAGCAUGAUAAAUUAAAAUCAUGUACAAUAGAUUCAAUAGGUUUGCUUAUUAAUUUUAUCACUAAAAUAAUCUACUAAUUAAAUAGAAGGUUAGCUGUAAAACAUUUAAGAGAACUAUUAACUCUCUCAUCAUAAAAUAUGGCAAAAAUAUAUUAUUGAUAUUUAUCAAAAAAGAUUGGAUUGUAAGAUAAUGAAAGUUAUCCUAUAAAAAGAGUUGUUUCACAUUUAAUAAUAAAUGUGA